AUGUUAAAUGCUCUGGACACAGAUGGUGGAGCAGCAAGUGGUAAUCUCUUCUGGGAUGAUGGGAAGUCUGUUGAAAACGUUGACGAUCUCAGUACCCACAACAACAUCCAGACAGAAGUGAAUGCCCUCGUCUAUAAGAAUGUGACAGUCUAUGGGGUCAGUUCAGUGGCGCAGGUUACGGUCGACGGAACAGCUGUCGCCAAUACAUUCGACCCACCUUCAGAGUACAGUGACAGUCCACCUGCUGUGACGAUUGUGACCGCUGCCUCUGUUCUGCCACCAUCGAACACCGGCCUGGAACUGUGCGAACCUGGUUUCCCGUGUUUCCAUGGCAAGUGCCAGACUGCCCCCAACAUCGAGUGCGUUUGCGACAAGGGAUGGGAGGGAGUGUUCUGCCAGAAUCAGUGCCCGUUAGAAUGUGGUCUGCAUGGCAGAUGCCAGCGCGUGGCUGGAGAGGACAGCGCCAUGUUCUGUGACUGUGUCCAUGGAUACGAAGGCGACCUCUGUGACAAGAUGACGAUCGGUGAGGUUUUUUCUGGUAUCUCUCACCAGCUGUGUCCCGAUACCUGUGUGCAUGGCAAGUGCUUACUGUUGCCCAACAACACCGCAUAUUGCAGCUGCCACGUCCACUACACUGGGGCCAACUGCACGGAGAUCAGGACCGUUUCUCGCGGUGAGGUCGAGGUGACCUGGUAUUGGUACGUGGGCGCGGCCAGUGUGGUGUUCCUGCUGGUGUUGGUGCUGGCGCUGGUGGUGCUGCCGUACUACAUGUUCAGGCGCGGCCACCUGUUAAUGAUGAAGAUUCUCUACCACUUCCAGUCCUACGAGGACGACGACGACAAAAUGUUCGACGCUUUCGUGUCGUACAGGUCGUCAGGUUCAGACGAACAGUUUGUCAGGACGCAGCUAGUUCAACUAGAGCGAGGCCUUAACUUCCGGAUGUGUGUACAUUUUCGUGACUUCAUCCCAGGAGAGACCAUCGCCAACAACAUCAUUACAGCCGUGGAAAACAGCCGAAGGACUAUUUUGAUACUCACCCCGGAGUUCAUCAAAAGCGUUUUCUGUCGCUUUGAGUAUCAGCAGGCCCAGCUACAGAUGUUGAAACAGAAGCAGAGAAUCAUUCCGCUCGUUCUUCGCGACAUUUCUCGCGAGAAGAGCGACAUGGACGAGACCCUCCGGUCCAUUCUCGACACCUUCACGUACCUAGACUGGCCCCAGAACAACGACCCUAACAAGAUUGAAAAGUUCUGGAAGCGCCUAGAAUUGUCCAUGCCCAAGAAGAAGUCCGCCAGCAGCGAGUGUUCAUCAGGAACACAGUCCACCACCAACUCGCUAACAUCAAGGUCGUCUUUAUUUUCAUUUGGUGGAUUCCCAACUCGACCUGCUUUUUUUGCUCCCUUGUCGCCUGCAGGGUUCACAGACACUUGUGCUCGUCAAGAAAACAUGGCUAGUGCCAGAAAUAGCGUUUGAUGAAGAGUUUUUUUAAAAACUAUAAUAUUGUGGUAUUUUAAGGUACAUUAAUUUGAUUUAACAGAUUUCCUGUCCGAUUUUUCUCAAGACUGAAAUAUAGUUUGAACUUUCAGUAAGAUCACCCUUCCCUUCAAAAAAAAAAAAAAAAA